ACAGUUCACAAAUCCUCUAUUCAUACAUUCAGAGGCGUCUGAAGCCAUGCCACCGAGAAAGAGCAAAGAUAAAGAGGUUCAGCCAGCCCAGGUUGAACAUGCAGAUGACAAUCCAGUUUACUCAGAGGGUGAGAAUGAUCCAUUUGUUCCUCCUUUCUUAUCACCCUUCGUGGAGCGAUCUUAUGGCAAUCCAAUUUUCAAAGAAAAGGAUGCAGACCGCAGAGAUGACUUUGCUGAAUCAAGUAAUGUGUUUAGAGGUAUGAUUGAACGCCUGGAUUUAGCAUUCAAAGAACAGAACCAGGCUAUGCGAAGACUUGUUGACAGUCAAGCAGAGUCCUCCAGACAUCAGGAAGAGUUAAUUAGGCAAUGUAUAGAAGAGAUGAGACGGGUCUUUGAAGAAGGCACUAGGGUGAUGCGAGAAACCGAGGAAAAAAGUCGCAGAACACUGCAGGCUGUUUCAGAACAAGUGGUUGAGCAAGUGCGACAGCCCAGACUUGAGAUCCUUCCUCCAGUCGUUGAAAUGCCCAAACAGAUUCAGGAAGCCCCAAUCCCAGCACUUGGGGGGCAAGGGAAUCAGCCUCAUCCCAAUAUUCAACAGCAAAAUUUUUUCAUUGGUGAAGGGCAAAGACAAAACGAACUGAUGGAGGCUGCUACUCCUAUUGCAGACCAUGGCCAUCAACCUCAGUAUAGAGACCAUGGGCCAGCCUUAAGGCCAUUGGAAAAAAUUGAUAAGGGUAUCUUGAAAUUUCCAGAUAAAGCAAAGGAGGCCAUGGGAGUAGAUGCAGAUCCUUUUCCAGCUGUGUCUGUUGGCGUGAAUAUUGCAGACCUGAAGAGUGUUGCCAAAAAUCAUAAUUUGCCUCAUGCCCAAAGGAACCUUGCUGCCGAAGACUUGAGGUGGGUGCUUGAGGCACGGAGAUCCAGACAUAGCAGGAGCGUCAGACUGCAACGCAAGAGGGUUGAAGAACGAAAAAGACAACAGAAGCUGGUGGAGGCUGAGGGAAGUUCAUCUCGCAGACCACGCCAACCUACGAAAAGGAACAUGGUGUGGGUGAGAAAAGAGAAAAAUGAGACUGUAACUCAGACUCUAUCGAAGGGGGAUGGUCAAUCUCCAGCCUCUCCAAAGGUGGCGUCUGUCAUUGUGAGUCCAGACGGGGUUUUGAAAGCAACUUUUGAAGCACAAGAACAGUCUGGGAAUCGUGGAGCUGAAUCAAAAGGAGAUGGCACUAUUCAUUUUGGGGAAUUCUCAGUGAAUUUGUUAUGUUUGGUGCUGACAUUACCCCUGGUUUUCCAAGCCAAGAAGGAAGAGGAACCAAUCGUCUGUGAGUUCCUAGAACAGAUGAAAGAAGAGGUAAUCGUUGUUCCAGCUCAGGAUGAUGAAGAGGAGGACAUGGCUAACAAAAUUGUGUUUGAAAAACCAAAAGAAAAGAUGGCCAUACACAUUAGGCCACUUUAUAUCAAUGCUCACAUAGAUGGGACUCCAAUCAGCCAUGUCUUGGUGGAUAAUGGAGCUGCAGUCAUUGUCCUUCCAACUUGCAUGCUCUACAAAAUAGGCAAGUCUCUUGAUGAUUUAGUGCAUAUUGAGGCCGAGGUCGUGUCUGCAGAUGAUAAGCCUUUUUUAGCCAAUACCCACCUGGUGGAGGCUAGAUAUUAUGAAGAAGACAUUGGAACCAUUCGGUUUUUUGGGAUGUAUAGACAUGGGAAGCCGAUUGGGAUAAUAGCAUGCAGCAGACUGUCAUUGUCUAAGCGUGUUGUAGAGAAACAAGCUCGUCUGAGACAAGAAAAACAAAAGGCCGUGUUGGAGAUAACAAAGAAAUUAGCGGCCUAUUUUGUUGAAAAAGCAGUUCAAGUAGACAGGUCUGAAAUUGUUCAUGAAGGCAAGAAAGAAGACCAGGGUGAUGAAGUAACUUUGGAGGAGCUGGACCUGGCCCCAGCCAAGUUGGAUGAUUUAAAAGCUGAAGUUCAAGACUCACUGGAGGAAAUCAAUCUAGGGUCUAAAAGUGAACCAAGGGUAACAUUUAUCAGUGGCUCUCUUGAGCCGCAGACACGAGAUGAAAUUGUCAGACUUUUACAUGAGUUUAAAGACUAUUUUGCUUGGGAUUACUUAGAAAUGCCAAGUUUGGAUCAGAAAUUGGUGGAACAUAAAUUGCCAAUUGUAGAAGGGUUCAGACCGUAUGCAGACUGGUUGUCAAAUGUAAUGCCUGUGCUGAAAAAGAAUGGAAAAUUAAGAGUCUGUGUUGAUUUUCGAAACUUGAAUUUAGCUACACCAAAGGAUGAGUAUCCUAUGCCAAUUGCAGACUUGUUGAUUGAUGGAGUAGCCCAUCACAAAAUUCUAUCUUUCAUGGAUGGUCAUAGUGGGUACAACCAAAUUUUUAUUGCAGACACAGACGUUCCUAAGAUAGCCUUUCGAUGCCCAGGUGCUGUUGGAACUUUUGAAUGGGUUGUGAUGCCAUUUGGUCUGAAGAAUGCUGGAGCUACCUAUCAAAGAGCCAUGAAUGCAAUUUUUUAUGAUAUGAUUGGUAAAUUCAUGGAAAUUUAUAUUGAUGAUGUUGUGGUGAAAUCACAUGGGGAAGCAGACCACCUGGUCCAUUUGAGGAAGGCUUUUAAGCGGAUGAGGCAACAUGGCUUGAAAAUGAACCCACUAAAGUGUGCCUUUGGAGUGUCUGCGAGUAACUUCCUUGGGUACUUGGUGCAUGAGUGUGGUCUGGAGGUUGACAAGAACAAAGCCAAGGCUGUGAUUGAGGCGAAACCACCACAGAACAAGAAGGAGUUGCAAAGAUUUCUUGGCCAAGUUAAUUUUUUAAGACGUUUCAUUUCUAACUUGGCUGGAAAAACCAGAGUCUUUUCUCUUCUGUUGAAACUCAAGUCUGAGGCAGAUUUUAAGUGGGAAGAACACCACCAGUCUGCCUUUGAUAUGAUAAAGCGGUACUUAUCCAGACCACCAGUACUUGUACCGCCUAUGAAAAAUAAGCCUUUAAUUUUGUAUAUAUCCGCCGCAGACGAGUCCAUAGGAUGUCUGCUGGCACAAGAAAAUGAUAAAAAACAGGAGCAAGCUGUGUAUUACUUGAGUCGAUGUUUGACCCAGACCGAAGUGAAAUAUUCUUCGGUCGAAAAGUUGUGUCUUGCUCUCUUUUUUGCUGCAAUAAAAUUAAGACAUUAUUUGAUUUAUUCUGAGGUGUAUGUGGUUGCCAAGACUGAUAUUGUCAAAUAUAUGUUGUCCCGCCCUUUGUUAAUAGGCCGAAUAGGUAAAUGGAUUCUGGCCUUGUCUGAAUUUAAUUUGAAGUAUAUACCACAGAAGGCUGUCAAAGGGCAGGCACUAGCAGACUUUCUUGCAGAUCAUCUAUGUCUGGACGUGGAAGCAGACGAAGAAAAAGGGAUUAACUUGUUUUCAAUAAGUUUAGUUCCUUGGAAACUUAUUUUUGACGGAUCUAGUAUAGAAACCAUGUCUGGAGUUGGAGUCGUGGUAAUCUCCCCGUCUGGGCUAAAAACACAGAUGUCUUUCCAGCUGGAUUUUGAUUGCACAAAUAAUCAAGUAGAAUAUGAAGCUUUGAUUAUUGGUCUUGAGAUUUUGGUGGAGCUAAAAGUAUCCAUGGUUGAGGUAAUAGGGGACUCACAGCUAGUUUUGAAGCAAUUGUCUAGUGAGUACAAAUGUACUAGCCUUGCUUUAACCCCUUAUUUUGCCUUGGCUGUGCAAUUGCUGGAAGAGUUUGACGACGUGUCCAUCAGACAUCUACCUAGAGACCAGAAUUAUGAAGCUAAUGAAAUGGUCCAGAUUGCUUCAGGUUUGCGAAUUCCUGAAGGUCCAGAUGAAAGUUUCCAGAUGCUGUCUGAUGUCCAUGAUGGGAUUUGUGGUGCACACCAGGCUGGAAUCAAGAUGCGUUGGUUAAUUCGCAGACAUGGUUUCUUUUGGCCGUCUAUCUUGAAAGAUUGUAUUGCUUAUGCUAAGGGCUGCAAAUCUUGUCAGAUCCAUGGGCCACUUCAAAGAGUUCCAGCCUCUUUACUUAACUCUAUUGUGAAACCAUGGCCAUUUCGAAGCUGGGCUGUUGACUUAAUUGGUAAGGUGUAUCCUUCGUCAUGAAAAGGUCAUUCAUUUAUUAUAGUGGCAACGGAUUAUUUUACUAAAUGGGUGGAGGCUAAACCAAUGAAGAAAGUAGAACAGUCUGAUGUAAUCAAGUUCAUCAAAGAGG